UUAGACCAAGCAUCAAAAUAUACUCUCUGAUUUCACACGAGUCACUCAAACACGCCGCGAGCGCUGGAAACUUCAACACUGAUCUGAUACUCAACGGGUGUUUGAUCAUUUCGGAGUGAAUCUGCACUGAUUUAGAGCCUUGCAAAUACAUCGAUGAUGGAUUUCCAGGCGGUUCUGGGUGACUUGAUUCAACUGUCAGCGCGGAGUGUUUUACUAUCGUUGCUGGUGUGUUUAAUGCUCAUGUUCUGGCCUCGAUCCGGGUCACGGCGGUUACCGGGUCCGUUCCCGUGGCCGGUCAUCGGUAACGCAGCUCAGCUCGGUACCUCACCUCACUUUUACUUCAGUCGGAUGGCUCAAAAGUACGGCGACGUGUUUCAGAUCAAACUAGGCAGUCGAGACGUAGUGGUUCUCAACGGAGACGCAAUUAAAGAGGCGCUCAUAAAAAAGGGUGUCGAUUUCGCAGGAAGACCCGAUUUCGCUUCUUUCCGGUUCGUGUCCCAUGGGAAAAGCCUGGCGUUCGGUGACUACAGCCAGUGGUGGAAACUGCAUCGGAAGAUCGCACACCGCACCGUGAGAACUUUCUUCACAGCCAACAUCCACACCAAGCAGACGUUUGAGAAGCACAUCGUCAGCGAGAUCGGAGUGCUCAUCCGUUUGUUUCUGAAUAUAACCCGCGAGCAGCAGUACUUCGAGCCUCACCGGUAUUUGGUGGUGUCGGUGGCGAACACCAUGAGCGCCGUGUGUUUCGGGAGCCGAUACGAGUUUGAUGAUGAGGAGUUCCUGCAGGUGGUGGGCAGAAAUGAUCGAUUCACUGAGACAGUGGGAGCUGGAAGCAUGGUGGACGUGAUGCCCUGGCUGCAGCACUUCCCAAACCCAAUCAAAACUCUCUAUGACCAAUUUAAAGAACUCAACAAGGAGUUUAACGAGUUCAUUCUGUCCAAAGUAGUGGAGCACCGCAAGACUAUUUCACUGAGCCUCGUCCGAGACUUGACUGAUGCGUUCAUCGUUGCUCUGGAUAAGGGGAUCUCAGGGGGGCCGGGGGUCUUUCUGGAUAAAGAGUACGUGCCAUCGACCAUCACAGAUAUUUUUGGGGCCAGUCAAGACACCCUAUCUACGGCUCUACAGUGGAUCAUUCUGCUACUAGUCAGGUAUCCAGAAGUCCAGAAACGUCUUCAGGAGGAUGUUGACAAAGUAGUGGAUCGCAGUCGCCUUCCAACCAUUGCAGACCAGCCUCAUCUUCCAUAUGUCAUGGCUUUCAUCUACGAAGUCAUGCGAUUCACCUCGCUCAUCCCUGUAACGAUUCCUCACAGCACAACCACAGACACGUCCAUCAAUGGUUAUCCCAUCCCUAAAGAUACCAUCAUCUUCGUCAACCAGUGGUCUUUGAACCAUGACCCGACCAAAUGGGACCAACCAGAGGAAUUUAACCCACAGCGCUUCCUGGAUGAGGAUGGAGCUCUCAACAAAGACUUAACCAGCAACGUGGUGGUCUUCUCCAUGGGGAAGCGUAGAUGCAUCGGAGAAGACCUGUCCAAGAUACAGCUUUUCCUCUUCACCUCCUUGCUGGUCCAUCAGUGUAGUUUUAAAGCAGAAAGGACUCCCAGCAUGGACUUUCAGUAUGGGCUCACGCUUAAACCCAAAUCUUUUAAAGUGUCUGUCACACCCCGUGACAGCAAAGAACUGCUGGAGAGCUUGGUAGGAACAUCUCAAACUCCUACAGAGAAGAGACAGAGACCUCAAGUUUGAAGUGGAAUCAAAGCAUGCAACUUAAAUACUUUGCCAAAUGAAGGCGGCAAGAAAACAAACACUGAAGAAUCUUUCAUUUAUGCAUUAUAUCAAUAUAUUUAUAGACAUCAUACUCAGGCAAAAAAAAAAUCUUUCUUUUUUGGGCUCAGAAGGAGCUACAGGAAUAAAUAAAAAAGAUGCACUGAUUUAUGGUAUAUUAUGCAAGAGUAGCAAACCAGAAGCUAAACAAAAAAGACAUUGCAUGGUCUAUUCAGAGAAAUAUAAGCUGGUUUCUAAGAGUACUGAGACAUUUACAUGAAUAUCAUUACUCAGUCAAGAAGUUUUUUUUUAUUAAUUCUAGUUCUUCUAUAAAAGAUAUACAUUUAGUCUUAGUUAUAGAAGAUUUGCUCUCAUCAUACUUCGGUCUUUAAUGCCAACAUUUUUAUCAAGUGUUUUAUUAAGUGCCAAGGUGAAAAGCUGUUUGCAACCCAUUUUACUUCCAUGAAGCAUUUCUGAAUGAAACAAGAUAUUUGAUGAGAAAAAAAAUGUGGUGCAGUUGCUUUUCUCAUCUAUUUGAAAUUGCCUGAAUCAUGAAAAGUCAUUAUAUUUUGAUGAAAGAUCACAGGCAAAAAUUAUUAAGCUGGACUAAUAUGCAACACUAAAUCAUGCAUUCAAAAAAAGACAGGAUUGAUUUUCAUGUUGACUUCAAUAUAUGUUGUUCUUAUUUUAAAUGACUGCAUUGAGCUUACACUUUUUGUUGUUGUUGUUUGUUUGUUUGUUUUUUGUUUAGUUGUUUCUUAGGCUACUUUAGCUCAAACUAGCCUAUGCUGCAUUGUUAACCUCUCUAUAUAAAGCUCAUAAAAUGAGAAACUUGUACAGUAUAAUCUUACAGCACUUUAUUGUCCUUCUUGAUAAUAUUUCCUGAUUCCCACUACAGCAUUGUCGAAGUCUGUGCCUUAUUAAUAUAGACUUCUUAGCAUUAAUCUAUAAUUAAAAUAAACAUAGACGGGUUGAAAGAAGUUCACUUCCAUUGUGUUCCAGCAACAUCCUUCCCAAUCAAAUAUUGUCUGGAGAUCCUCACAGUGGGUCACAGGAAGUCUCCAGUAAAACUAUUCUGGACAUCUAUAUCUAUUAUAAGUUGAAUAUGAUAUUUCAUAUCUGGCACGUGAUGUUGUGUAGGCGAAAGGAAAUACAUUUUGUGCCCCCCUCAGGUCCCUUAGUUAGGGAAAUCCCGAAGGGGAAAUUCAGGGUUUGUUAACUAACAUGUAUAAUAGAUGUUAUGACUACAAAUGUUUGCUCGUUUCUUUAUGCAAUAUAUUUGUGUACUGUAAUAACAAUGUUUGAUCUGCUGUAAAAUGCACUUGUUAACAUACUGCUGAUCUGUAUUAGAUUUACUAUAUUUAAUAUGUAAAAUAUUGAUAUGUAAGCUUGAUAUGUAUUCCUGUUGUGUGAUACCAACAUAUAAUAUAUUUUCUUACUUCAUAUAAGCUCUGACGUUUGGCUGCUCUGUAA